CGCAGUCACAUGACUGUUAUUUCCUGAAGUCUUCUUCGUUGUUACGGUGCGAUAAAAAAAUCGCUGUAUUCGCCCGCAAAUCUGAAAAAGCAGCGCCGUCGGUUUAACAGAAGAGCCGAGCGUCGCCCACACAAACAGCAGGACUCUUAAAAACCGCCGUAAAGAAGCUGUUAGAGCCUCUCCGCUGCUGAAAAAGUAGAAGAAGAAGGAGGCAGCAGCGCUGACUGUGUGUCUGUGCGUUUGAAUGCGGCGCAGCUCGAAAACAAACCGAAACGUCGAGCUGAGUAAAGCGGCAGACCAGGCUGUGGUGACGAUUUCAGAGGCGGUUUAAGGCGUGUGUCAGUGUGAGCGGACAGCAGGGUCAGCACCUCAGUUCUCCACAUAAAAACAUCAGGCGGACAGGUUCGUUAGCCCGCUGUUAGAGCUGUCAGAGCCUCCUCCACACUCAAAAUGUCAAAGUACACUAGUUUCCCGGAGCCCAACGACGACCACAAUCCCUUCCAGGAUCCUUCAGUGACACAGCACAGCAGCAACACAGACUACCCCACUCUGGACCUGUACAACCCCUUCGACACCAGAGCACCAGGGCCUCCACCUCCUUAUGAGGCCACACCUCCAUCUGCACCACCCCCGGCUCAGACUCCACCCAUCAGAACCACUCCCACAGAACCCAGAAAUUAUGGAUCCUAUGGCACACAGCAGUCUGCAGUGAAUGCCACCACAGCGGAGCUCCUGAGGAAGCAGGAGGAGCUGGAGAGGAAAGCAAAGGAGUUGGAGAGAAGGGAGAGAGAGCUGGACUCUCAUGCUCGCAGCACUGGAUCGUCUCGUCAGAAUAAUUGGCCUCCUUUGCCCUCUUUCUGUCCGGUGGGACCCUGCUUCUAUCAGGACAUCAACGUGGAGAUCAACCAGAGAUUCCAGCGCAUCGUCACCAUCAUGUACUACUUCUGGAUGUUUUCAGCUGGCACUCUGAUCUUUAACUUAAUAUCCUGCCUGGCUUUGUUCUGUGUGGAUGUCCAAAACGGAGUCGGGCUGGGCCUGGCCAUCCUCUGGCUUGUCCUUUUUACCCCCUGCUCCUUUGUCUGUUGGUACAGGCCUGUGUACAAAGCCUUCAGGAGUGAUAGCUCUUUCAACUUCUUUGCAUUCUUCUUCAUCUUCUUUGCCCAAGUGGUCCUCUAUGUCAUCAUGACCAUUGGCAUCCCAGGCUGGGGCUUCAGUGGAUGGAUUGUGGGUCUUUAUGCACUAAAGAAGCAAGUGGCUGUAGGGGUGAUCAUGUUGCUGAAUGCUGUGCUCUUCACUGCCCAGGCAGCCAUGGGAGUGGUCAUGCUCAAGAAGGUCCACUCUCUGUAUAGGCAGACUGGAGCAAGUUUCCAGAAGGCACAGGCUGAGUUUGCCACCGAGGUCUUUUCCAAUCAGGCUGUGCGCCAGGCAGCUGCAAACGCCACAACCUCGGCAGCGCAGGGGGCCUUCACUGGAGCCCGGUAGAGUGGAGGAAGAGAGUGGAGGAAGAGGGUGGAGGAAGAGGGUGGAGGAGGGUGGGGUGCGGGGAGGAUGAGAAUGAAGCUAGAGGGCUUAAAACAAACAAGUACAGCCAAUAGAGAACAUGGUUUAUUCCUACAGUCCAGCUCUGUUCCAGACGUUUAUACACUUAGACGAAGCCCUUCUUACUUGUAUAUAAGGUAUGGAUACAGUAGAUCAGGGUGACAUGUAAUAACAGGAUAAUGUCCUUUAUUAGCUUUCAUAGCUGUGCUGGACUCUCAUUUCUAACACAGUUUGGUGUAGGUGCAGAUUUAGGAAUUCUCAUUUCUGACAUCACUGAGGCUGAUAAAACGGUUGAUCGGGAGAGGAGAAAGUAACCAAGCACCUGUAUGUUGCCUUAAUGACAGAACAGUAAUUGGCCACACUGUUCUUGGACGAGGCCUCCAAAUAAAGAAAGGGAGAAGAUACAAUCAAGUAUUAAUUAAAGGCCAUAAAGCAGUAUUGUGAUGAAUAUUCUUACAGUAGUUUGGGUCAAGGCCGUUAAGCAGUAUGAAAAAUGAAAGCAGAGCUGUUUGAAAGCUUGGGAGAAAAACCACAUAUACUAUAGAUUCAUAAUUCAGCUUCGUGAUCACACAGUUAUGGUGGAUGGCACCACCAAGAUCUGGAUCUCGAGUUGUGAAAAAGCACUGAGUUUAAACCUGAGCUGCGCAGUGCACGCAAACACACACACGACUACUUGCGACAUCAGUAAAUCUACAGUAUGUAGUGUAGCUUAAUGCCUUUGAACUGCAGAUAAAGAAACAUAAAAAGUACAGUAAAGGACAGUGCAAAUAUGUAAAUAGGUAUUAAAAAAGCCACAUUCUCUAAGAUUGAACCGUCUUUUUCAAGGAAUUUCUUUGCUCUACAACCUGCCAGAAUUAACCUAAGCUUCACUUCUUCUUUUGUGUAAAAAACUGUGGGGAUUUUUGUUUUUUUGUUCCAAAUCUUACACAAUGCAGCUUCUACAUGUAUUAAUUAAAGAGAAACGAUGGAACUAAACACUGUUGUCAUAAUGCCUUGCUCCUGGUACUGACAUUGAAACUUUUAUUUGCCGAAUAUUUUGUGAAGCUGUGCCAGAUAUCGUGUGACCUAAAAGUCAUUUUGACUGGAUUUACCUUUUCAAAAUGUCUUGCAUGUAAGAUGCAUGUGACUGUUAACAGACCUCCAAUUGCCAGCUUUACAGGUGUUUUCAGACUCCAAAGAUGAAGCCUUAAAAGUCGUUUGCAAAAAGUACCAGUUCUUUCUGAGUAUAUAGUGGAGGGUAAAAGGAACUACUGUUUAACAGUAACCAAUUAGCAAAACUCCUAAAUGCUGUAACUUGAUCUUGAUUCAUACCAGUGUAGCAUGGGUGGGACAGUUUCAGACUGUUAGACCAGGAGCAAAUCAAACUGCCAUCAGUCAUGCACCCAGGCUACUGUAUAUAUAUAUAUAUAUAUAUAUAUAUAUAUAUAUAUAUAUAUAUAUAUAUAUAUGUGUGUUCAUAAACACUAAUAUUUGCUGUCUUUCUUUAACUUUCACAGAGAAUGCCAACCUAAAAUUUUGCGUAAUGCCAAAUGUAUAUCUCCAAAUAAGUGUUAUUUUUGGGUGUUUUUGAUAUUGGUGCUGUAGACUGUGUUCUUGUCAUGUUUGUGAGUGCAGUUAAUUUGUUUUAAUAAAAUUAAUGAAUAUGCCUCUAA